AUGUCUGCAGGGAAUCAGGAGAAAAAGAGUUUUGUAGGAAGUCUGCUUAUGAUUCACAAAGGCAUGUGCUUUAUCAAAAUGGAUUUCAUUCCCAUUCUGUGGCAGGUUGUUUUCUUUCAGAUUGGAGGCUUUUUGCAGAUUGUAAUCUGUUUGCUGCUUUAUGCACAUGUAUAGGAUAGUAUUGUUUUUGUUGGUCUCCAGUUAUUUUGCUUACCUGUUAUUGGAACUUCACACAGAACUUAUGUGGAAGAAUAAUGUGAAAGGGAAUUACGCAGGAACUUGGUAGAACAAGUUGAGUGAGUGAGCUGGGGGAUAGAAGAGAACAGUAAUCAGAAAUGUGGUAAACCUUUUCUUGGAUUAUAGCACUUCAAACAUCUAGAGAAGCGUUCAGCUGAGUCUUCUCUGUGAUAUGCUGUGUCAACCAGCACUCAUAGUGGGUGUGCUCAUAUGCUAGAAAUAGAAAGGAAAUAACUUUCUUACGUAUUGCAGUAAUUAUUGCAACAGAUUACAAACUGCUGAACAUUGUUUGGUCAAGUCUACCUUAACUGACGACAUCAGUAGUGCAGCUAGCAUAAACACAGGAUAAAAUACUAAGUACCCAUUUCAUUUCUUAAAAGAGUAGAAUGUGUUCCCUUUGUGUGUUACUACAUGUUCUUGUGUUCCUGUUUCUGAAGAGACGUAAAUAAAUUUUCCAUUUCCUGAUUUCACAUGCUUAAUUAUUUUGUAUUGUUUAAUCUCUCCCCAUUUCUUUUCUCUUGAAGAUGACUGUCUUCUUCAGAUGAAAGAUUCCCCCUUGUCCUUUGUCUGUUUGCUUAGGCCUGGUUUGGUCCUCUGGUUUUCAUCUUAUUUCUAAAGGCUUUAAGUUUGUCCUGCCACUUAAAGCAUGCCACUAAAGUUUUCCUUACUUUGUCUUGCCUGGAAAGGAAACAUUGCUGUCUUCAUUUUCAGAUUUGAGGAGGUUAGCCAUAUUGGAGUGGGUUGCCUUCGUAGGAGAGUCUGGACACUAGGAUCCAUAAAGCUUAAAAAGUUGGCAAGAAAUACUAGAAAGUUUGGCACUGCAUUUGUGUGUGUGUGUGUUUUAUUGGCCAUCUUCAAAACAGAGUGCUAAAUCAUUUAGUGUGUGUAAUGCAGCUGCAAGGGCUUGGAGUGGAGGCGUAGGAGAGAAUGGAAUGCUCUGAGGAGGGGGCCUUUAAUGGGUUAUGGAGUGAUAGGACUGCUGCUGCCCAAUCUGGCCUCAAACUUAAUAAAAAUGAACUUUUACUUUCGCUCCACUGGCUUGCAUAUCGCCAGAUCUAACCAUCCUUAGCUGCUGGAAGAAUGGCUUACGUUAUCCUCAGUCAGCAUUCCAAGAAAAGUAUUUGGGGAGGUGGUGGGUGUGGGGGGUUAAGACAACCAACAUGUAUUGAGUGGAGCUAGCAAAAUGUACAGAACCAGGUGAAAUAAUCCAUCCUUUUGGCUUCUGGUUGUUUAUCAUCCAUUAGUCCAGUUUCACACAGCAAGGACUAGAUUGCAUGAAGAUGCUCAAAUGUCACAGGACUUCAGAAAAUUGUAUCAGGUGCUGUGCUCAAGGAUUUAAGCCAUAAAUCAAGCAUAGCUGUGUCUGAAAUAAUUUUCUGCCAAGGCUAAUACAGCUGUUUCAUCCUCAUGCCAUUAUCAGGUUGUAAGCAAGGCAUUAUUGUUUAGGCAGCUGGGAUCCUUUCACUUACUUUGCUUUUUUUGUCUCAGGCAUUGUGAAGCAUAAUCUAAGCAGCAUGUUAUGUUCUAUACAAGCCACUUAUGUGGAAGAAUCAAUAAUGGCAAAGUAAGUAUCGUGUUAUCAAACAGGGAGGAGUGUCAUUUGGCUGCUCCUAACAGUGUUACAUUGCAUGCUGAUGUUUCACCAGAGAUAUAAUCCACCUACGUGGAUUGGAAGCGAGCACAAAAAGUCUCUAAGCUCUUUUUUCCCCUUUUCCCUCCUUUAACAAAUAACUAGAAGGUUGUCUAGUCUCAUGUCUUCCCUCCUUAAUGUAUAUUUUCACCUUGGGGAAUAGCUGCCUGUUAUUGAUUUAGCUAGGAAAAAAUAUAACCCAGAAUAUAUUAAACAUGGUAGGUCCAAUCUGAACUGGCAGCGCGUGUAAAUUUUUAGCUCUUUAGUGGAGGAGAAAGCCUUAGCUGCACUCAGUUUUCAUCUUACAGAUAGAUUUCUUUAAAAAGGAAGACAUUGUUAUAUGACUAUUGAUUUCUCAGCGUUCUUCAUAGUUGCACCAGUGACGUGUGUUGUUCCGGCUUUUAUGAGAAUGUCUUUAAUGGACAUGCAGAAAUGCAGUUACCAGCAUCUGUGGCCGAAUCUCUCCCCCCGCCCCCUUAGUUUCUUUUUUCUUUUAAUUGAAUAACUUCUAGGCUUUGCAUGUUAGAUCCUGUUUCAUCCCUCCAUCAGAUAAAAAAGCUACGUGAGCUGACAAUCGCAGGAGUGCAUCUGUUGUUUCAAUGGUGGCUGGCUUGAUGAGUGAAAAAUAGAUGCCUGCCAUGUGACAAGCUUUCAAAUAUAAACCGUGUUAGCAUUUGCUCUUGAGAAUGGAAAGAAGUGGUAAGAACGGCAUAAAGGAUGAUACAAAGAGCAGGAGUUUAGCUACAGCUUCAGAGUUGAAGGGAAACUGCUAAGCCAGGUAAUAGGAUCUUAGUGCUUAGAUUGAUGGGUCAUAUUGUGUCAGAAAUGAGGCAUUGGUAAAUCACACUGUGCAAGUUGGAGUUAACUCUUUAUUAGCAAAAACACCAUCUGCCAAGGCCUGGUGGUGUGUCCAUGAAUCAGCUGCUGAGAUUAAAGGUCUCCACCUCCUCACAGUCAUCUAUCUCCUCCUCUCAGAGCUUCUUCCUCAAACAAUUUGAGACUAUGCCUGCAUGCCUGCCUUUGCUCCUCCCAUUUCAUGCCUCUUCUGGAUCUUGAAGACAAGGAGGGAGGGGAGUUUGUUGCAGCAGGAGAGGAAGACACUUUUGACUCAUUACCAGCCUGACUCUUCUCUGCCUCUUGGCCUCCCUCCUCCUACUCGCCUGCUUCAGCCUUUGAUUCUGGACUUCUCUCUGCCACAGGCUCACCCAGCUUACUAAACCCCGUUACCUCUUCAGCUUCCAAUACCUCCUCUUCCCAAUCUUCUCCCCCUUCUCCCUCUGACCACUCAUCUUCACCCCACCACCACUCCCCGGGCUCUGAGCCUUCUUCCCUUGGGGGUUCCCCAGCUGGUUUCUCUCCCCAUCCCUCUGCAUUCAACCAGUCCGUGACAUAUUGUCAGAGAUUCAAGAGGUUGAGCAAGGGCUCUAAUGACCUUGAGGCUGGUAUGUGGCCUAGUGAGCUACAUGGGACAGCCUGUGCACAACCUUAAGAACUCUGCUCAGGCACAGCAAAGAAUAGUGGUGUACAAUAGCAAUUCAUUUGAUUAAAGGGAAGCCUUGUCUCAAGAUGUCUUAAAACAGAGUGAAACCACUGGUACCAGACCUAGAAGGGAACUGGGGCUGCAGAAUGGCUCUGUGCCAUCAUAGGAGCUGUUGGCAAUGUGAUGAUGAAGCAACUGCAAGUCCUGGUUCUCCUAGUGGCACAAAUGAGUGGCACAGAAAGCCAGCUUGGCAACCAGGACAUCUGAAAUUGCAGGAGCCACUCUUUCCCACAGCAGCCAGUUGCUCUUGAGGUGGGAUAGAAAAUACACCUUAUCCACCUGAAAUUUCAAAUAUGACUUGUCAGCGCCAAGGCAAGGGCCACCAGGGCUCUUCUAGUCUUCACAAGCUUUUGUGUGUGUAGGGGCUUAAACAGGCUUAUGCCCAGGUGGAGCAGGUAAAAGAUGGUUGGGCAGGUAGGGCAACCAAAAAUGUAGGGGUAAGCAUCAGUAACCCAUUCCACAAAGCCUUUGGCUCAAACCAUGACAGUUCAUUUCAACUGAGGAUGGGGAUGAUAAUUAAGCAUGUGUAGUUUCAUCUGCCCACAUUCAUCCUUUGUUUGCCUUGGUUGUCUCUCUCCACAUCCCUGCUAAACUUAAGUUGCAAACUUCUCAGAACAGGAAUUGCAUUCAUUUAUUUCAUAAAAUUUAUGUACCGCUUAGUUGCAAGAAAAAAACCUAAAAGUGGUGUCUGUAUUCUGCUUUUCUUCUGAAAAGGUGGUAUUCACUGAUACUGUAUAAAUAAUAACAUUAAUAUAACGCUUUUGAAUAUUGAAAACACAUCAAGCAAUGUCAGUGACUUACAGGGCUGUUGGGGCUAAUCAACCUGGAAAUAUAGGCCAUCUAGGAGGAAGAUUCUGACCCUAAACCUCCACUGCCUUGUGGGAUAUCUGUGGGAAAAGAAAAGGCUAAGUGGUCUCUACACACAUCUGGAGUCCCUAAGAGGGUUGGAAGGCGCCUUGUACGCCUCCUUCCAGCAAUUUCUGCAGUCAAACUGGCACCAAACAUAUUGCUCUGCUUUUUUUUGGAGGCAAGGGGGGGGUCUUGUCUCCUGGGCAGCCCAGGAAGUCCAGACACACUGCCCAGGCUUGCACCCCAGGGAGGUCACUUCAGUGCUGCUAACACAAAGGUUUGACUUUACCCCUGGAGGUGCACUCCAUUGUCACUCAAGACAGACAAAUGGCAACAACAGGACUGUUCACUGCAGCCUCUAAACUAAGCUAGCACUGCCUCCUCCUGCUGCAGAUGAAGGACUGAAGCUAGAGGAGUAGUGCUUUUUCUGAUACAAUCUAGUGAUUUUGUGGCUGAGCUGAGAUUUGAACUGCAGACUUCAGAGUUCUUAGCAACUGCACUGUGCCUGUUGCAGUGAGUCAUAGCCAGAUACACUUAGCAGGUGUGUCUGUGUCUGUGCGUGUGUAAGAGAGAUGCCCUUAAUCCUGCACGAGAGAGGUUCCAAAUCUGUGCGUUCUUUGUAUUUUAAGUUAUUGUUUGCUAUUGCAAACCCACAGAAAUAUUAAAGAAAAUUAUAGGAUAGAUUUACCCAGCAUUGUGGAGGGCGGUGUGAUCUUAAUCAUCUCACACUUUUGGAACGUCCAGCACUUUAUGUUUAUUUUUACCAUGUAGCUGGCACCUGUGUUAGUCAUAAAAAACAAAAAGAAGCAGGCUCUUUUUCAGACUUGAAUCAUCUGCUAUUAAUAUUGCUAUUUGGAAGUUUGUCUGUCGGCACUAUUGGUUGGGUUAAGCUGGGGAAAGGCACUAGGCCAAGGUUGUGUUGAAUUUUUUUUUAAUGUAUGCAUAGCAGAAGCAUGGAUAAUUCACAUAGGUUUGGUUUACUUUGCCAUUAGGUGGUACGCAUGUCUAGAGAACAGUGUUUGCAAGUGUCUGAAAUGGCUUUCAUAAAUAGAAGAUGUUAUGAUUCCAUCUAGAAACCCAGAGUGUCAUCCCAGGUUGAAAACAUUUAAUAAAACCAAUAUGAACAGCCACACUGAACAAAAUAUGCUAUUAGUCUAGCUCAGCAAAUACUUUGGUGGUCAUAGUGAGGCUAGUUUAACUGUUCCUUGGACCCUUAGAUGUAUUAACACAACCCACCCAACGACUAAAGUUUGUGGUUUAGGUACAGCAGUGUAGAUUGAGCAUAAGCCUACCUCACACCCACGAAUCAGUGGUUCUUUCAAUGUGCUUAUUAAGUGCAAUACUGUAUUCUGAAAGAAGUCUCUAUGGACUUGUGCCUGGGCAGUAGCCUGCUCACUAGCUGUCUUACUUAUUUGCCCAAAUGUUAUGAAAUGAACAGAUGUUGAGUGGCUUGGUUCACACAAAAUGCUACACCAAACUAUGACUUUCUGUGAGCUCCCAAAAAGGAGAUUACAGCUGCUUUGUUCCUUCCUGGUCAUGCUGCUACUGUUCAUAGUCAUGGCUUGAUUUAGCACGUUGUCUGAACCUGGUCUUGUGGUUCAGCUCUCUUAAGACUAUACGUGAGCUGUAACUAAGGUUUGUGCUGUGGUGUAUGGCUUGUGGUUUGUUCAGGAGAGCCAAACCACAAGUCUGGAUUCAUAUGUUUUCUCUCCUGCAUAGAAAGAGGUAUAGAUUCACAACACACCCUCCAGUGCUUUGAAUCUAAGCUGCUUCCUCCAGCCCCCUCAGCUGCACAAUCCCAGCUGAUUGUCAUCACUGUCAGCUGAAUAGUGCCAGCAGGCACUGGCAGUCAGCUGAUCACUGCUUGCAGAGAGCCCCAUCAAUCAGCUGAUAGGGCCUCAAAGCACUGUGUGCCGAGACCACAUAACACCAAUCCUGAAGGCCUACAUUGGCUCCCAGUACGUUUCCGGGCACAAUUCAAAGUGUUGGUGUUGACUUUAAAGCCCUAAACUGCCUCAGCCCAGUAUACCUGAAGGAGCGUCUCCACCCCCAUCGUUCUGCCCGGACACUGAGCUCCAGCGCCGGGGGCCUCUUGGCGGUUCCCUCACUGUGAGAAGCGAAGUUACAGGGAACCAGGCAGAGGGCCUUCUUGGUAGUGGCGCCUGUCCUGUGGAACACCCUCCUACCUGAUGUCAAGGAAAUAAACAACUAUCUGACUUUUAGAAGACAUCUGAAGGCAGGCCUGUGUAGGGAAGCUUUUAACAUUUGAUGAAUUAUUGUAUUUUAAUAUUCUGCUGGAAGCCUCCCAGAGUGGGCGGGGCAUAAAUAAAUAAAUAAAUAAAUAAAUAUAAUAAUAAUAAUAAUUCCCGUGUGGGUCCCACCAAUCAGCUGAUUUGGCAGCACCUGCAGCCCCCUUUUUGGCCCAGCCACAACUUUCCCUACCCCGCAUCUCAUGUCAUAUAAUAGUGGGUGCGGCUAGACCAAAAUGGCCUGCUGAACCAAAUGUGGGCAACUGGUGGGGUCUAAUUAUGCCCAUGGACUUGAGGUUCCCAACCCCUGUGCUAAGCAAAAUCAUAGGUUAGGUCAGCACAGCAGCAGAAUGGCCAGCAGAAUGGCCAGGGAGGAGCAAAGCAACUGCAGUCACCUCUUCAGAAGCCUGCAUGAUCACACAAGGCCAUGGUUUGACUUAGUGUGACUUGUGAACCAGGUUGUUGUCUUUGCCAGAUGCCAAUGGCUUGGCCUGUUUUAUAAAUGGUGUGUCCUCAUAGGUUCUACCAAAAUUGCAGUACUUGUGAUAAAUUAGAAAUACACAAAAUAUCCCAAAGAAACCUAUAAUGUUACUUUUCCCUACCCAAUGUUCCCUGUUGUGCACUAUGCCAAAUGGAAUUAUACCAUAGUUCUUCCAGGCUACCCAAUGUAAAGAUCAGUACAGUAGCUGUAGGAAGCUGUAGGAAAGUUUUGAAUGACCAUGUCUGAGUUUCUUCAAAAGCCUUGCAUACUUAUGUGCCUAGUUGUUGUUGUUUUUUACUGUACCAAAAAUCCAAAUAGCAAAAAAUAAAUAUUUGGGCAUAUCAUCCAGUCAUAGAUACUCUGCUGUUAGAGUUCCUGGUCCACCAGCUGAAAAUAUACUAUGAUGAGUUUUAACCUUUUGCUUACAGUAGUGACUAUUUGAUUUUAUUUAACAUACUGUCUCUAAAAUGUAAAAAUCAGAUCAAAAUUAAAUCAACAGGGACCUGAUAAUUAUGAGGCACAGAGCCUAAGUAGGGGGCAGCAGCUAGUAAACCUCCAACUCACCCCUAAUAAUAUAUGCUUGAACAUCGCUCUCUCCUGCUUCCCCUAUUAUGCCUGGAGAAAUCGUAAAGCUGCUGUGAUCUCAUUGCGAAUGUUGACCAGGUCUUACUUGGCCCAGGGUGGUCUCCUAUCAUUAGAAUGGCUGCCAGAGACCCCAAAAUUUAAGCACUUGUUGCUCAAGUUCGACUCUCCCAGGCUUCCUGCACUUUUGAGCAAACUUCAAAAUCGUCUCAACUGGUUUGGAAUCUUUCCACAAAGAUGCUUCUUUAACAAUUGUAGGGGCAUUAUUGGGAAAAUCCCAAAUUCAGCAAAUUUGGUUAGCCAGCCUACAAGGAGGACUGAGGACCGGAAUUCGCAGCAACGGACCCUUCCUAUGAACCCCUCCCCACGAUUUACUAGCCGACCACCCCACCGGCAAGAAGGGACUGCCUUAAGGGGUAGAGCUUUGACGGGUCCAGCUUUGGCCACUAUAGAUGCUUCUAAAGAAUGGCAGACACAAGCCUAUGUGGACCCCCCUGCAGCGAAAACGAUCUCCAAUCCUCAAAAUGGCUGCAUUCCUUGUGCUGAUACCAUGACGAUGCAAGAGACACUGGGGAAUCCAGUAGCCCGUUGGACAAACACUGAGGCAGUGGCAAGGCUAAACAAGCUACUGGAAGCUAACCGAAAAGGAUGUCUUUCCUCUGUCUUACAUAGUGCUUUCCCAUCAACAAGCGUCGAUCCUCAAGGCACGACUCCUGCAACUAUAGAGCAUACGGCAAACGACGAGUCUAUGGACUUGUCGGUUAGUAACACCCCCUCGUAUCAAGAUUUUCUCUUACAGCGAUCUGUAAAUUCGCCCCAGCCAUUGGCUGCUCCUGGGGCAUGUGACAACUUGAACCUGAAGUGCAAACAAUCAAAAAUCACUGCCUUUUUUCACCCUACUGCCCCUUCACGCAGCGUGCACCCCCAUUUGGAUUCUCCAGGAUUAACCACGCAAGAGAAAUCAUGACUUGAGGGAAACACAAAGCGGCCUCUUACACUACUAUCAUGGAAUGUGGCUGGUAUUAAAUCCAAACUGACAGAUCCAUCAUUUGUUGCUUAUAUAAAUGGCAGCCACAUCCUCCUAUUCCAAGAGUCAUGGGCCUGUGAGGACUUCUAUCUAACAGGAUACAAGGGCUUCUACCUGAAUGCCACGUAGAAUUCGUUAUCACAUGGUAGACCGCAAGGAGGCUUGGCUACUCUUGUUUCCUUAGCCAUAAAUCUUCAGGCCGAAAAAAUCGACAUCCAGUCGUCACUCAUGCUGAUUACAAAGUUGCAAACAGCAGAGGAAACGAUAGUAGUGAUCAAUAUCUACUUAUGUCCAAUUUAUAAGAGAAAUUUGGUUGAUCUGAGAUGGCAGGAAAUCCAAGUGACAUUGGAAACGCUUUUUGACAAAUACCCGAAGCCACUUUUCUGUUGGCGGGAGAUUUUAAUGGACGCCUGUCACACACUGACCAAAUCUUAUUCUCUAAAUUUAGCAAGUACCCUUCUUCACCUCUUAUGACUACAGAUCUUCUACCAAGGAAAUUCAAAGAUAACAUAGCCACUUACGCAGGUUUCAAAUGCAGGCAAACCUUGCUGGCCCUCAAUUUCCUUCUGCUAAAUGGGGCAAUCAGCUUGGACUACCCUGCCGAAUUCACCUAUUGGUCAGGUUCACGUGCAUCCACUAUUGAUUUUGUAUGGAUAUCUCCUGACCUCACCCCAAAAAUAUCCAGCUUUAAGGUGGCUUCAAGAUUGGAGAGUGAUCACUUCCCUCUAGAAAUUUCCUUGACUCUGGCUGACGAACUUGAUAGGCACUCCUUUGUGCACCUAUCAAAUGACCAUCUGGAGAUAAGACCUACAGCCCUUAAAUGGACCUCCAAUUUGGCCCAACAGCUGAACGAACUUCUCUGGUCUGAUCAGCUCCAAAUAAAAAGGGCUUCCCUUAUGCAGGCGGAUGAGCCUCUACCAAUGUAUGACGAUUUAGUAGAACUUCUAAAACCAACACUAGCUCGGUCCCCCACAAAGCAUGGUAAACAGUUUUUCCACAAAAAUGGUUCGAUGAGGAAUGCAAAAACUUCAAGAAUCAUCUGUAUAAUGAAUGGUUGGCAUACAGAGCAUCAAAUGACCCCAUGCCAAAUAACCGUCUUAUCACCCUCAGGAGAAGUUAUAAAGCCCUACUAAAGGAAAAGAAGCUCGAGGCAGAAAGAAACAAUUGGAACAACCUUUUGAUAGCUGCAGAGAAUAGAAAUCCAGCCUCUUUUUGGCAGUUAAUUUCCAGAUAUCUGGGUAGGCCGCUUGCAAGAAUAGAACCCCACAUCACCGGACACUUGGGAAAGAUACUUCGCCGAUCUGUAUGCAGCUCAUGAUGCCUGCGGAGAUACGGUGGAGCCGGAAGCACUGCCCGAUUGGGACCCAGUUACAUGCCCUGAAGUUGAAACUCUCAUAGAUCAAUUUAAAGCAGGCAAGGCCCCUGGUGAUGACCUUAUAUCCAUUGAUGUCAUCAAAGCAAAUAAAGAUUGGUGGAUCCCACUUUUAGCAGCACUUUACACGCAUAUAAACAAAACAGCAAAAUUUCCCUCAAGCUGGAGCUCUGCGUUGAUUGUAUUAAUACAUAAGAAAGGACCACGUACAGAGCCGAGCAACUUUAGGCCAAUCAGCUUGCUAAAUGUCAUUAGGAAGAUUUACUCGGGAUACCUGCUAAACAAACUAUCGAAAUGGAUGGAGGACGACAAUAUCAUUGCCGAUGAACAGGCGGGCUUUCGCCCUGGAAGAUCUACCACAGACCAAAUAUUAACCUUGAAUCACCUGGCGGAAAAGUAUGCCGGCAAAGCCCCAAAGGUUCUUCAUGUGGCUUUUAUUGACCUUAAGCAGGCAUUUGAUCGAAUCUCUAGAAAGCAGCUAUGGAUAAAACUGGCCGCUACAAAGAUCGAUCGCCGUCUCCUUCAUCUGAUUACCAGCCUCCAUACAAACACCCUUCUGAGAAUCAGGCUAGACAAUAAAGGCCUAGUCUCCAACCCGGUUACCACCACUAGAGGGGUAAGACAGGGUUGUCUAUUGGCCCCAGCAUUGUUUAAUUUUUACAUUAACUCACUGGUGACUCACAUGGCCAAUGAUGCUUUCCACCCCCCCAAAUUAGCAGGCCGAUCUCUGAACGUUCUUCUGUAUGCGGAUGACGCCGCACUUCUUGCCAGAUCCCCUAUUGGAUUGAGGAGAAUGUUGCAAGCUCUACAUGAAUACUGUGAUCAGCAUGAGCUCCAACCCAACUAUGCGAAGACCAAGAUCAUGGUCUUCUCUGCCCGACCGAGACUCCAUCGAUGGUCGAUGAAUGGGAUCCCCCUAGAGCAGGUUAACUGCUUUAAAUAUCUGGGACAAGUAAUACGGUCAAAUAGGUCUUUUCUGGCCCAUAGAGACUUUAUAACAACUAACGCAUCUAAAGCAGCCAUCCAGAUUAGAUCUCUAUAUGCUAAGAAUCAGGCUCAAUCAGUGAAGAUAGCUUUGAGACUCUUUCAAAUGAAAGUCCUCCCCCUUCUUUUGGUGGGCAUCUCUUUAGGCUCCCGUAGGGAUUUUUUGAAACUGGAUUCUAUCCAAACGCGAUUCCUUAGAGCCAUCCUUAGGAUUCCCCCCUCGGUAGCGGGUGCGGUUAUGAGAUUAGAGGUCGGCUGGCAAGCUCUACGGUAUGUGGCCUUGAAGACGAAGCUCUGGCUCUGGCUCAAGCUUUGUUUUAAACCAGUGGGUAUUGCCCCCUUGAUAUUGAGGGACGUUUUCCAAUCAUCAUGGGAAAGGGAGGUCAUUAAUGAGGUUCAAUCCUGCGGAUUGUCUCUCCUUUACUUCGAGUCUAUGACGUACAAUCAAGCUAGAGCUGUGAUCUCCCGGAGACUGAGUGACAUUGCCAGACAAGAGGACAUAGCCCAGGUAAAACCAGGGAUGUUCCUAGGGGACCAGAUUUAUCGGAUCAUACCAGCCCCCUACCUUGCAGAAAUCCACUAUGUGGAAUACCGUAGACUUCUUACAGCGGCUAGAUUAAAUGUCCUUGACUCUGCAGUAUUGUGGGGAAGGUACAGGGGAGUACCAUACGCCCAGAUAACCUGUCAUUGUGCCUUGGGGGUGGUUGAGUCCACCGAACACAUUCUCUUGACUUGCCCUUCUUAUGCAGAGCUUAGACAAAAUUUUAUAGACCCACUCCUAUGUCAAUUCAGCUUCCUACCUGGAGAAAACCAGGUUUUACACUUGCUGAAUAACGCCACUAGAGCUAUACCUUCCUUGGUGGCCAAAUUUCUCUUCUUAGCUUUUAAGCAUCGCAAGACUAUAAUUGACUGUAUUGAUAUGGGGCUAUCUGUUUAGCCCAUUUUAGUGUUGGCUAAGUUUUAAAAUCUUCCUGGAUGUUUUUAACUGUGUAUUGACAAAAUGUACUUUUUUCUGACUGACGGUCGAAUAAAAAGGAUGAUGAUGAUGAUGAUGAAAAUUAAGCAUUUGAAUGUCCCAUUGAUUUCAGUAGAAGCCCACAGACUUCCAUUGAAAUCAGUGGGACUGAAAAAUGCUUAACUGUGGAUUAUUGUGCCUCUGUUUCCUAGGUGGGAGGUAAUGCACAGCUUGAAAGGAGUGUUUCCAUUAAUUUAUUUUUAAUGGGGUAUAUGGAGCAUCUAAAUUAAUGAAAGAAGCUUCCUCGUGUUACUACUCACAUCUGAACAGUAUCUUUUGCACAUGUAUGCACUUAGUGUUAUUUACAAAAAUCACCAUGUGUGUAUGAAAUGUGACUUGGAAUCACUAUCUCACAUUUGCUGAUUUAUUGGCUUUAAAUGCACAGACUUCAGCCAUGGCACAUCAUGUUGGCAAAAGUGGCACUUUCUCAAAGCGGAAGAGAGAGAAGAACCAACAGAGGAAAAGUUAGAUGCUUAGCAAGCUAAUUCCGUAAGUGUUCUGAACUGAAUGGUGGUUCUCUGGGAGCAAAAUAGCACCUAGGCAAAGGAAAGGAAGAAACCAGUAUUCAUGUUUAAUUUCUUAUGCCGGAGCUACUGCCUGUAGACUUACGGUAGAUGGAAGCAACUUAAAGUCACCAAAGCAGGCCAUUAGAUAAGGAAUAAUAAUUUUACAAAAGCUGAAAGAAGUUGGAGUUUAUAUUUAUUUAUCUAGAAAAUUUAUUUAUUGGUACUAACUUCCUUGUUGGUAUUCAACAUAACAGCACAAAAACGAGCAAGGAGAACUAUGGGUGUGACCAGGAUUUAUUUUUGGGGGGGGGCUUUAUGUCACAGGGGGCAAAACCGAAUUACCUACGGAAACAUUUGGUCAGUUAGUUAAGCAUUUUUAUCUAUUUACUUGAUUUAUAUUUUGGGGGGGGGGGCAGCUGCCCUCCCCUCUCAGCUACACUUAUGAGGAGAACCUCCCAUGGGCUACAUGCUUGCUAGCAUUGAUUGUGGUUUCCCAGAUUGUCCAGUGAGGUUUGUUUCUGCUGUGCCAUUCUAGUGAAUGCAGAUGUAUGGAGCAUGUUGUGUCCUAUAUUACUCAGCCUCAGGGGAAUAAAACUCUAUCACAUUUUUCCUUUACAUAUCUCACAGUGUAUCAUGGCAGCAAUGAGUUCACAUGUAAAACAAAACAAAACUUUCACCUGGCAUUUGCAUGAGAUUUAGAGAAAAUAACACUUUGUAGGAUGGAAUCAUACAACCAUGUUCCUCACCAUUAUAAAACUUUUUCUUCUUUUUUUGACAUAUAGAGGAUGGCUUUAUGAAAAUGUCCAGCAUGUAGUUUCCUUGUCACAUAAGUGUUGGUAACGGGAGCUAAACACGUGGUAAAAAAUGUUUUGUGAAUCAGUUGGCAGCAUUAGCUGCUAUAUUUGAACUGUAAAAAGUUAGUAGUUAUUUGCCAGAGAAACUUUUCCAAAGCAUAGGACUAUUCUUUAUUAAUGGUCAGCCCAGAUGUUCUCUGUUCAUAUUUCCAAUGUGUGCUUGUUCUUGUUAUUAAUGUACUUCCAUCAACAUUCAUGAUUGCUUAUUGUUCGCUGUUAUUUAUUGCGUCCAUCUAAUUAUGUAACCGUAAUUUCUGAAAUAAGUAUCUUUUUGUGUUAUCAUUAAAAUGUAUUUGGCUUUUCAUAAAUACAAGAAGGUCAUAUUAACUUUGCGACCUUCGUGCUUAAAUGCAUUAACUGCAACCCAUCUUGUUUUGAUACUUUCCCUUUGUGAUCCUCAGUCAUAAACAGGCUGACUCACUUCUGCUUGACAGCAUCCACCUACACAACCUGCUCUUCAUAGAUAAACACUAUUAAUCUGCUCUAAUUCAUGUAGUAACCAUCUUGAAAGAACAUUGAAUAUGGAUCUGUUGUUAGCUUUCCAAAAAUAGAAAGUACCCAAGUGUAGUAGUCAUCCAGUGAUGAAAAGACAGAAUUGGUAGAAUGGAAUCAAGAGCAUUCAAUUAGUAUAGCCAGAAGAUGCUCAUCAUCUAGCAUUUUCAAGUGGUUCAGAAAAUGGAAGGAACUGCUGUUAGUAGGCAGUACUACAUACAAGGAGAUACAAAUGAUAUAUGAAGCCAGGGAGAGUGAGGCUGAGCAUCUGGAUCUGUCUCAGUCCAUGAUAAAUAUAAUAAUAAUUUUUUUGGGGGGGGGAAGUUAUUGGGGAUUUUUUGGGUUAGUUUUAUUAUAUGUUUUGUGUUCUCAUUUUGUAUUUUUAUGUUGUGAACCACCCUGUUACCCUCAGGUGAAGGGCAGUAUACAAAUUUAAUAAAUAAUGAUGAAGACGAUAAAGGUAGGCCUUCCUUCACUGGUAGCUGGUAUUUUGUGAUAACUCUGCAAACAAAAACUAGUUGGGACUAGAGGGAGGAAAUUCUUGGGGUGACCGUCCCAGCCCUGUUUUCUGGGUGAUUUCUGAAGUGAUUAUGUUAUAUUGACAUGCACAAAGUGUGUCAGAAGCACAGUUCCUAUGGGUAGAAUCCUGAGUUAAGAAGCUACUACCCAUACUGGUAAGAGUAGUAGCAGUGACUAUAAUAUAUUUGCCAUGAACUGAAUUUUUUGCUGGCUUGGGUUGCUGUUGUCUGUCUCAUAUGAGGACCUCUACCCCUGAGCAUUGCUGUGAUCGUUUGCUGGGAAGAAAAACAGCUUCCUAGACUUCACCACACUUUUCCUGAAGAAAACAUAUUUUGUUUGUCAGACCAGCUAUAAAACCCAACCAGAGCAACACUUACUCUUUGGGAUUGUUCUAGAUCAGUCGUUCCCAAUUAGCUAAGUAUUGCAGACCUCCUGUUUUUCAAAAGCUCCCCCCCCCACCUUUUGAAAAUGUUGAUAUCUCUAUUGUAGUUUUUGUGAAUGGUGCCACCAAUUGGUCCCACCAAUUGGGAACUACUGCUCUAGAUAAUGUGGGAAAUUUAGUGGUAGAUGCCCAUUCUAUUUCUUUGGGAUAUGUGGACUUUUGGAGGGCAUUUUAUUGGGCACUAAAUGUGCAGUGGAAAGUGUCGUUCACUGUCCUCUUCAGAAAAUGUGCACACAAUAGCUACAAGUUUUUUAAAAAAAUGCUACUGGAAUGGUUACCAAAAUGUAUUAAAUAAUUAACUAAAAUAUGUUUAUGCACAUGCCAGCUCCGAUUGUAGUCCUUGGUAGUCUUAUAGCAAAUGAAAAAUUGUCUAGACAAUGUGGCCUAAAGGAGGUAAGACACAUCUAUUGAGACACCAACACAUCUAUAUGUGCCAUGGGACAUAUUUGCUGAUAUAUGAUUCAGUAGCUAAAACUCUUACUAAUGUAAUAGGAAAUGAUUCCCUUCCACCAGCUAUUGUUGAAACAGUUAUGGACAAUAUAUAUCACUUUUAAAAACUCGUGUUCUUGUACAUGUGAAGGCAAUUUCCUAAAGAGUAGCAGCGGGGCUGGCCCAGGACAUUUUGGCACCUGAAGUACAGUGGUACCUCGGGUUAAGAACUUAAUUCAUUCUGGAGGUCUGUUCUUAACCUGAAACUGUUCUUAACCUGAAGCACCACUUUAGCUAAUGGGGCCUCCUGCGCCGCUGCUGUGCGAUUUCUGUUCUCAUCCUGAAGCAAAGUUCUUAACCAAAGGUACUAUUUCUGGGUUAGCAGAGUCUGUAACCUGAAGCGUCUGUAACCCGAGGUACCACUGUAAAUGACAAAAUGGUGUCUUCUCUGCCAGGAAAAAAUGGGUGAGUAAAGAUCUACAUCAGGAGCAAGGGUGGGAGGAGACCGGCUGUACCUCCUAUUUGCCAAGAAGCUACUGUAGUGUUGGCAUGGGGGCAUGCCAAAGAGAAGACAGAUCUGGCCUCCAAGGAGCACUGUAUUCCUUGAAGGCUGGAUCUGCUGUCCCUGUGGAUCCUGCCACCUGAGGCACUUGCCUCACCUUGCCUCAUGGGUAGGAUGGCCCUGAAUAUCCAUAUUCCCCCAAUCAGGAUAUUUGUAUGGAUGGUGUUGGAAGAAACAAGUCAAACAGAAGGGAUGAAAAGACAGAGCUGUAGAGUUAGCUGUCAGAUUUUAGUAAGUUAUGACUUCUUUGCAAGAAUCUUUUAAGAACUCAAAUGCAGCAUUCUUUAUCUUCUAACAAAAAUAUACAACUUGUCACUAAAAACCAACCUCCAUACCAGAGGACAAACUCCUUAGUCCAAGUUGUGUCCCAAGUAAAUCGGUGGCCAUGCAUAAUAAAAUCUAGAAUUAUUAAAAAUACAGAAGAAAAUCUUUGUUAAGAGAAGUCAGACUGGGUUCUGCAAAGUCCUUCCCCACUAAUCUAGAAUAUUUUGAUAGUUUCAAUGGACUCUGUUGAAAUGAUCUGGUGGACCCUGUAUACCUGAGCUUCCUGCUAAGAUACAGGAAGUGCCCACCAGUGCGAGUCCUGAUGCUCACCCCUCAUCGCUAUCCCCCAUAUCACUAACCAUGUUUGGUUUUGCAGAAAAGGGAGGAAGCAUAGUAAGAUAUCCUCAGAUGCCUUGUUUAUUCUUGGUUUAUCCUGCCUUGCUUGCACAAAGCUUACAUGGAAGCUCGACUAUGUUCAGUCUUUACUGAGCAUUCAUUCUGAUUUGUUUACAGGGCAGUUAUACAGCAAUGAGCAUUCAUCCUGCACUCAUCUUUGUUUGCUUACAGGGUGUUUAUAUUUCUCCCUGUUAAUCAUUUGCUCACCCCACAUCUUUUCAGUAUAUUUCACAAUCACUUCCCUAACCACAAAAAGUCCAGGAUUUUUGCAAAGUACAUCUGUUCUACUAGGGCAAGAGAGCACUUUAAUCUACCUUAGUUGCGCAAACCUAAAGUCCCUCCUACAAAAUAGUAACAGCCUGGAGGCAUCCUAGAUACCUUGCCAAUCAUGUCCUUCAUUACUGGAAAUGUGUUUUCUGGAAAUGUGGCUUGAAUUUACAAUGGGAACUAUAUAUUCAAACAUUUAUAAAGGCAUUGAAAAAGAAGAAGUGAGAAAUCAUAUUGGAGAGCUGAUGUGUGCACUCCUGAACAAAACGGAAAAGUUGUUAAAAAGACACAGAGUGCAUUUUUGACUGAAACAGACUCCAAGCUUUGUUUGCUAAAAUGUGUUUGUUAAGGCAGGACUCCAGUGGAACUCCAGUCCUUACACAAGACUAGUGCAUGUAUACUGCUGUGCAGCUGCAUAACAAAGGGACUGAAGACUCAUAUAACAAUUGCAUAGAGAGCAGUGUGUGAGGAGGAUUUAGUAGAGUUCAUACUUUCAUGUGGAAUUCAAAUCCAAGCUGAGGAAACACCCCCAUUUCACUCACACGAGCACAGAACAGACAUUCACUGCUGGCAAUAAUGUGGCUCCUUAUUCAUUUCUCAUUCAUUAGCUGUCAUUUUGCUGUGCUCCCGUAACAAAUGUCUAAAUGGAAGCAGAGAAAAGAACUGCCACAUAAGACAAACACUGCCUCUGUCACAAAAGUUCUCCUUGAAAAAAGAGACAGAGACAUUCCAGUUGGAGCAGUUGUGCAGAAAAAAAGGGAGAGAGCCUCCAUCCUCUGUGUGUGUUUUCUCUCCAGCAAAUAAAUAUCUAAUUUAAAAGAGAUUGCGGCAAUCUGAAAUUUAGCUAGGUUUCAGAGAAUGGAUUAAAAGGAAAUCUCAGGUAGGGCAUCUGCUUCUGGGCCUCUGGACUGGUUUUGUGGCUUCUGAUUAAUUUCACAGCUCUGAAACAGUUUGAUUCUCUCUUUUAGUCUCUCGAGGCUGUAGAGAAGAAUAAGCAACAGGGAAACUGGUUCUUGACAAAGUGCUAUGAAAUGUAUUGUUUAGUUUCUUUUUUAAAAAAAGAAAAUGCAAGUGCUACAGAAUUCUGUGGUGACCAAUGUAAGAUUUUGAGUUGAUUAACUACUGUGCCUUGGGCUAUCUGGCAAACAUUACAAUAUAUUAGGAUAGGUGGUAAUUUGGUGGAUAUUUAAUUUAUGACUCUUUUUCUUAAUUAAAAUAAGAAAAGACAUUCAUUGUUAAUAAAAAAAAAGUCUGAAAGACAUUGCUUGCUGUUUAUAACAAUGAAACCAGACCAAAAACAAUGCAGAUUAAAACCCACAUUUUGGAUUUUAUGUGAAAAGCCUCCUAUUUAUCUGAAUCAGUAUUCAGAUUUCUAAAUGCGUACAUACACUCCUUAACUCUCUCUUGUCAGAUUUUUUCUUAGAACUAGAUCUAAAAUCCUGCUUCUUAGAAUAAAAUGCUGAAAUGAAUGCAGAUUUUAAUUGCCUUUUUGUAUAUGUAGUAGGCUUUUAUUUACUCGUUUUCAGCAACACAGGGUAAAUAAGCUGAUCAGAUCACAAGGACAUUUUGAGAGGCAUCCCCAGAAGCAUAUAACUUCCUGCUUCUCUGUUUUUCCCUGAAAUUUCAAUUAGCUUUGGUUCUCCUUCCUACCUGUCCCCAUGUGCCCUAAACGGCUGCGCAGUGUUGUUGUUGCACUGCUUACCAGCUGCUCUGUUCUGUUCAAGAAACAGCUUAAUUUUAAUGCCAUGUGGAAUGAGUCUUUCCUACAUUUAUGUAAUGUGCUUUCAGGGCACAACUUCAGCACUGAAAGGACAGGGCAUAUCUCCACACUUAGGGCUCAUCCACACUUCCUUUUGUGGUGCUUUUCUAGGCACAGGUUCACACUUUAAAGCUCUCUGUCUGAGCACUUCUUUUUUAUUUUUGCCCCAACACUUCCUCUGAAAAAAACCCACUCUUUACUGCUGAAAACAACUCCGCAGAAAACCUGAAUUGCUAUUUGUUCCAAUUCAGCACUAAAGAGUGGGUUUUUCUUGAAGAAAGCAAUGGAGCAAAAGAAGGGGGGAGUGCUCAGACAUGGGCCAGGAAAGUACAGACCUUUGCCUAGUAUUUGUGGGGCAAAAGGUAAGUGUGGAUGAGCCAUUAAACUAGGAUAAUGGUUGUUCUCUUGCCCCCGGGAAGCCUAGGAACUGUAGUUCUGUGAUGGGGCCUAGAAAUCUCUGAUAAACUACAACAGACUCCAAGUGUCCCUAUUUUCCAGGACAGUCCUGGAUUUACAGAAGCUGCCCCAGUUUCUGAUUUGACCCCAGAAUGUCCCACUUUUCCUUAGGAUGUCCCUAUUUUCACUGGAGAAAUGUUGCUGAGUGUGGAGUUAUGCAACCCCUGAGUCAAGGAGAUAAGUACAACCUUUAGAAAACAUUUGAAGGCAGCCCUGUAUAGGGAAGUUUUUAAAAUGUUUUAUUAUGUUUUUAUAUAUGUUGAAAGCCACCCAAAGUGGCUGGGGCAAUUGAGUCAGGUGGGCUGGGUAUAAAUAAUAAAAAAUGUUGUUGUUGUUGUUAUGGAAUAAAGGUAAAGGGACCCCUGACUGUUAGGUCCAGUCAUGACCGACUCUGGGGUUGCGGCGCUCGUCUCACUUUACUGGCCGAGGGAGCCGGCGUACAGCUUCCGGGUCAUGUGGCCAGCAUGACUACGCCGCAUCUGGCGAACCAGAGCAGCGCACAGAAACGCCGUUUACCUUCCCGCCGGAGCGGUAGCUAUUUAUCUACUUGCACUUGGCAUGCUUUCGAACUGCUAGGUGGGCAGGUGUUAUGGAAUAGACAGCCCUAUUUUCAUUGGAGAAAUUUUGGAGAGUAUGCUACAACUCCCAGCCAUAGCCCCUUCCUCUUUGCAUUGCUACUCAGCAGCCAAAGUAUAUGCAAGAAGGCCAUGCUGAGGGAUGGAAAUAUUUCCACCUUGCUGCUACAGUGAUCCCUUUGAAAUGCUGUCAUAGGCAGGGUAGCUUAUUGGUCAGACUGGACCUAAGUAGCAGCUAUAACAAGAAGAUUUCACACUUGGCUGAACCACAAUGUAAACUGAGUGGUACAAAGUGAUCAUCUAACAUGAUGAUCAAAUCUCUAAAGAGAGGUAAUAGUUCCAUGCCUGACAUACUUCAGCUUCAACUGUCCUGUAUGAAAAAGCUUGUAACUGUACUUUGUGGAUGGCCAUGGCUGAUGACCUCUUACAGCCAGCAAGGUAAGGACUGAGUCAAUUCUUGUUUUGCCUAAGCCCUUUUCCCAUGUUCCUUCCAUUCAUAUGCUGAAUGUGUGGAGGGAGGGGGAGUAGAAAUGUACCACUAGCAAAAGUGUGAAAGGGCCUUUUAUGCACGUAUAACGGUAGAUUGUAGUGUCCUAAUUAUAUACCGUAAGUAGAAAUCCUGAAUGUGUAUAGGAGCUUAUUUGUGGGCAACUCCUUUCACACUUCCGUUGAACAUGAAGUGAUAAGGCAGGGCCAACAGAAAAAGCCCUGUUCCCCCUUCUGUCACUCAGUAUCUAUUGCAAGUCUUAUGACAAAGCAGCCAACAGAAAUAUUCCAUGUAUGGAAUAUUUGGGAAGAUGUGUUUCUGAUGUAGAGAAAUGUGAAGGGGGAGAAAAGGAACAGUGUUAUGUCAGUAGUGUGCAACUAGGAUAAACCUCAGCCUGAUUUCCUUUCCCGAAUGCAAGUUUUUUCUUCAGAGAAUCUUAGAAAUCAGAACAUUAUUACUAAUGAUAGUUUCCAUUUUCAGCCUGUAGGGAAGCAAACCCUCUUGUUCCACUUGCAGCCUACACAUUGACGCAGCAUGCCUUUCUUUUUCUUUUUUUUUUUAACAAAGAAUCUAAUUUUGAAGUGUCAAGCAGAAAUAAAAUUAGAAAUCCUCAGCUGGUGUAAAUCAGCAGCCAGUAUAGCUUCAUCCAAUGACUAGCUUUAAUCUCAACUUUUUUUUUUUUACAAGGCUAGAAGUGUGACAUAGUCAUAUAUUCAUGAAAACAGCAUUUCUGACCUUAGCUCAGUAGUCCUCGUGGCAGCCAGCUGCUGCUGUGUGUGUUGCAAAAGCUAUUGAUUCUUGGUGGUGGUGGAUGGUGCUCAUUUGACCAGGAAGGGCGGAGUGCAUGGCAGCUAACUAGGCAGAGCCAGGGGUAACAUCAGGUGAAGUUAAUGGCAUUUGCUCUUACAACAAAACCAUUCAUAAAACAAUUUCCCAGAAGGCAAUUGUAGGCUGCAUCAACAGAAGCAUAGUGACCAGAUCAAGGGAAGUACCAUACCUUGGCCAGACCACACCUGGAAUACUGUGCCCAGUUCUGGGCACUACAAUUUAAAAAGGAUAUUGACAAGAUGGAAUGUGUGCAAAGGAGGGCAACCAAGACGACCAAGGGUCUGGAAACGAAGCCUUAUGAGGAAUGGUUGAAGGUGUUUGAUAUGUUUAGCCAGGAAAAGAGGAGAGUGUGAGGAGAUAUGAUAGCCAUCUUCAAAUGUCUUAUGAGCUGUCACAUGGAAGAUGGAGCAAGCUUGUCUUCUCCUGCUACUGAGAAUAGGACCUGAACCAAUGGCUUCAAGUUACAAGAAAGGGGGUUCCGAUUAAACAUCAGGAAGAACUUUCUGACAGUAACAGCUGUUUGACAGUGGAACGGACUCCCUCAGAAGGUGGUGGACUCUCCUUCCUUGGAGGUUUUAAAGCAGAGAUUGGAUGGACAUCUGCCUUGGUUGCUUUAGUUGAAAUUCCUGCAUUGCAGGGAGUUGAACUAGGUGGCCCUCAGGGUUCCUUCCAACUCUUCAAUUCUAUUAUUCUAUUCUAUGAGUAACUUGCCCAGGAAACUGAGUAUAGACUCCAGUUGUGUGUACACUUAUUUAGGAGUAAAACCCAAUGAAGUCAGUAGAGUUUUCUUCCAAGUACACUUACAUAGGAUUGUGUUGCAUAUCCCAUCAUUACCUCACUCAGAUGGCCAAUAACAAUAAAGGAUAGAAGAGAUCAUUUCAUCAGGUGCAGCUUGUACAACAAGCUACACCACAGCAGCGCCGGCUUGCGCCCGCGACUGCAACUACCUGGGGCCGCAUACCAGGAUGUGUGUGCAUGCUCAGGGGCAUGCUGACAUCACUUGUGCAGGUAGUGAACUCACGCUUCUGCACUUUGUGGGUGUCCUGGCCCCCAUUUAAAAUGUGGGGACUAGGGCAUUCAUGGCCCCAGGGAGUUGGUGCUCCUACAACACAUUCCAUAGGUUCCCUAUUCUACGCAACCAUUUUAGUUAAUACCUGACCUAUUUUUGCAUCUAGCCACCCCAUUUUUCUUCCACACCCUUAAAUUCAGUUCUUGUAUUCAUCUGCCCCACGCUGACUACAGUCUUAAUGCAUGCUUACAUGGGAAUAAGCCACACUGAAUUCAGUAGGACUUACUUCUGAGUAGAUCUACAUAACAUGCUUAAGUCCCAACAACAUCAGUGGAACUAAAGCUGCAGUCUUGCACACACUUGGAAGCAUCCCAGUGAACACAGAAGGACUUUGAUUUGACUACGCAUACGUGGGAUGUCGCCACAUAUUUCAAGGUCUUGAUUUCAGUGUAAUUUAAACACACCUAACUUUCAGUCUGUUUCCCCCAGUGAUUAUAUUGCAUGGUAUCCAAACCCAAGAACUAUUUUCUUGUAGAGACCACAACCCAUUCAGAGAUGAAAGAACAAUACUCCCACCAAAGGUAUAGAAGGAUCAUCCUUUUGAGCCAAACACAAAUGGCAUUUUUGCCUGAAAUCCAAAACAAAAAUACUAGAAUAUAUUAAGGAAGUAGCUUUGCUUUAAGACUCAAAUUCCACCAAGAGGCAGAUCCAUCUACAAAAAUUCAGCAAAAACAUUGCUAUAAAAAUCUGCUGGCCUACGCUUACCCUUGCGUACAUGUGCCCACCUAAGCAAAAUAGUUUUCACUUAAGUAUGUGAAAAGGUAAGGCUUAGAUUAACCUUUUUUGAGGGAAGGAUUUCCCUAGCUGAGGUGCAACUGCUGAGAAAAAUACAAUAAGAUGGGUCUCACAGGGACCUUUUUGCAAAGGACAGGAGGAUUCAAAUGAGAAGAAAGCACUCCUGGAGGUACAUUAUUAGACUAUGGCCAUUGCUAGCUUUAGAGAGAACAACUUCACAUUCUGCAUUGGGGGGGGGGAGCAAUGCCACAGCAGCAAUACAGGAAACAGUUUAGAAUGCCAUCAUAGCUUACACCUCUGCUUUCCAAAAGUACAUUUUACUUUCAGCCAUGUAUUUUCACUUUUCUCAAGAAACUGAUGUAGCUGCUAUGGAUAUGUUUAAAUUAAUUCCUUUGACAACAGGGUCAUUCUGUAGUGACCAAUGUAACUUUUGUAAGCUUCUUUACAUAAUGUUUCAUGUUUUAGGUAAUAUUAUUUAACUCCAGUUAGCAUUAAACUAUUUGUUAGGUAGGGACACGGGUGGCGCUGUGGGUUAAACCUCAGAGCCUAGGACUUGCCUAUCUGAAGGUCGGUGGUUCAAAUCCCCGUGACGGAGUGAGCUCCCGUUGCUCGGUCCCUGCUCCUGCCAACCUAGCAGUUCGAAAGCAGAUCAAAGUGCAAGUAGAUAAAUAGGUACCGCUCUGGCGGGAAGGUAAACGGCGUUUCCGUGCGCUGCUCUGGUUUGCCAGAAGCAGCUUAGUCAUGCUGGCCACAUGACCCGGAAGCUGUACGCCGGCUCCCUCGGCCAGUAAAGCGAGAUAAGCGCCGCAACCCCAGAGUCGGCCACGACUGGACCUAACGGUCAAGGGUCCCUUUACCUUUACCUAUUUGUUAGGUACCUUGAUCUUCCCUACAAAAAUAAUCAAGAAGUAUGUCACUAGUAGUUUAAAUGCUUUCUUGUUAACUGUGUUUUAAAAGCUGUGACACAGGUAACAGUUUUUCAGCCUCAAAAAUUUAUCUGUAGCCUUGUAGAUAAGUGCUUUCUCUAAAACUAUGAAUCACACCACCCCAACCCACCCCACAUUUAUGGCAAUAUACAGAAAUAGCUAAUGUUUCAUAGGCAAGUGUCAAAUGUAUGGUAAUGAUUAUUAGAAAAUGGAGAUAAAAGGUUAUAUGGCAAAUGACCCAUGACCAAUGUAAUGUGACCAAUGUAACAUGUGACAGUUCAUUGAUAGAGGCCACUUUGGGCAAAGCAUGGCCACCCACCCUACACUUGAUGUCAUGAAUCUAAGGGCAGGUCUUGACCAAAAGGCUGGGAAUUGGCCAAAGUUGUUUUGUGAAGCUUCCAAAGCACCUGAAGACCAGUUGGUUUUCAGGAGCACAAAGCAGGGACCCAGGGCUAAGCAGGAUUGCUUCACGUCAGCCAAUAUGAAGGGAGAGCAACCGUGCUGAGUUUAGGCAUUCUUGAGAGAGCUGCCUGCAGCACUAAGCACCACCAGGAGAGGGGGCAAUCCUUUCUUUCUUUCUUUGCCUGCCUGUUGAGGACAUCUGUAGUUGGUAAAUUCAUUGUGACUGCACAGGCCUUCUUUUCUUCUGCAAGAUUUAGUGGGAAAUGCCGUUAAGUGGCCAGAUGGGGUUGCUGCUCCCCCCUCCCCAUACAUGCACAUACCCCUCUGGCCAUAGCUGUAUGAUCUGCAACUUCUUUGUCUUUAAUUCUUAUUUUAAAACUUUUUUCCCUUGGAAGGAUUUUAAGAAUUGCAUAUGCAGCCCCCUGCUCUGUUGGAGCGAUAUCAAAAAGUCUCUGUAAGCACAAUAUGGCUUGAAAAUACUCUCCAAAGUAAAAGAUCCCAGCACUGCCAAAGGGUUUCCACCCACUCCUUCAGGCAUGAAAAUACUCCCGUGUUUCAUGUUGGAAAGCCAUGCCUCAUUUUUGUGGAAAUAGAGAAGGCACUACGGGUACUGUUACAUUUAGAUUGGUAUUGUGUUCAGUGCUGUAUGAAAUGCAGAAAUGCCAUGGGGAUGACAUCACAGGUGUUCCUGUGAUGAGUACCUCCCCCUGUUUAAGUUUAGGAUGGUUCCCCACACAGAUGGCUCAUCAAAUUGCGGAGUUUCCAUGUUCCUGAUGUGGAGAAUCUCUUGGAAGAAGUUGUAUGCUAAUUAAGGCCAGGAGCAAAACUAGUUCAGUAUUAUUGACACUGCCUGACAGCUGUCAGGAGCCCGAGUCAGGAGUAGGUAAGUAAAACACCUACUGUUCGUGAACUCUUUAUUUAAAGCAACCAAAACAGCCCAGUCCUAGUGGUCACAGCAACCCUUCCCACUAAGUAUUUCCCCAGUGAGGCAGUUGCAAGGACUGAAGGUCCUAGCAUUCCCACCGGUCUCUAAAGGUCCUCCCCAGUUCCUUUCCCAGCAGCCCAAGGCUCCAUCACCUUGUAUCUCAUUGGUCCACCCUGUUCCUUUCUGUGCAUGUUCUGAGAGACCAGGGGGGAGAGGAGUUGUUCACAGCAGGGGGGACACCCCCCCCAGAUCCUUCAGCAGCCUGCAUUAUUGCAUCAUCUUGGCCCCUAUCAUCUCCAGCCUCCUCUUCUGCCUCUGAUCCUUGACUGCUGUCUGCCACAACCUCUUCCUGCUUACUAAACCCUGUUGCUCCUUCAGCUUCCGACACCGCCUCUUCCCAGUCUGCUCCCUCUUCUCCCUCUGGCUUCUCUUUGUUGCCCCACCACCACUCCCUGGGCUCUGUGCCAUAUUCCUCUAGGGGUUUCCCAGAUGGUUCCUUCCCACCACUCCUCUGCAUCCAGCCAGUCCAUGAUAGCAGCUUGGGGAAGAAAUUCAAUUUGGAGUGUAUUUUAAUGGAAACCUGUCUAUUUUGCACUUCUUGAACCAAUACGAAAACCGAAGUAACAGCUAUCCUUCAAAAUUUACACUUCUCCGAAUUUUGUGAUGUGAUUCUCCGCCCAAACAAUAUGCACCAAAAUUGUUAUAUUAAGGGAAAGUGUUCAAAAUAAAUGCAUUUAUCAGUGGAAAUAACAUAAAAAUGCAUUAUAUUAAGAAAGAUUCCUUGCAAAACAUGUAUAUACAGUGGUACCUCAGGUCUCGAAGCUACAAACAUGAGUCUGCCCAAACUGCGGGAGGUAGUGGAAGAUAGGAGUGCCUGGCGUGCUCUGGUCCAUGGGGUCACGAAGAGUCGGACACGACUAAACGACUAAACAACAACAACAAUCUCAGGUUAAGAACUUAAUUCAUUCAGGAGGUCCGUUCUUAACCUGAAACUGUUCUUAACCUGAAGCACUACUUUAGCUAAUGGGGCCUCCCGCUGCCGCCACUCCGCCGGAGCACGAUUUCUGUUCUCAUCCUGAAGCAAAGUUUCUUAACCCAAGGUACUAUUUUUGGGUUAGCGGAGUCUGUAACCAGAAGCGUAUGUAACCCGAGGUACCACUGUAUUAGUUAAAACUGUAUUCAAAAGUAUGUGUCAAUAGAAAUUUGCACUGAUCAGGAUUUUCUUUAAAAUGCAAAUUGUUAUGGUUAGAAAAUGAGAAAAUGAAAUUUGUCCAUCCCUAUCUGGAGGUGCUAGGGAUUGGACCAGAAAUCUCUCACAUAUGCUCUUCCAAUUAGCUGUUGCCCUUUCCCUGAUUAAAAAAUUGAAAUUCCAUUUCUUCUCUGGAUGCUAUUUCAACAUAUUUUUGAAAGAAAAUAAAGGAAGAGCCAACAUUUGUUUGUCCUUUACUGAGAAACAGAUGCAGAAAAUGACAAAGGAUGCUGAUAAAAAUAAUUAAGAUCUGCUGGUUCUAUCAACCUGUAGUAGAACAUCCCAUCUCUCUCUCUCUCUCUCUCUCUCUCUCUCUCUCUCUCUCUCUCGCUUGAUAUUGUUUAGUCUCCCAUCGUUUCUCAGCCAUGUGGUGCUCUUGGAUUUGUUUCAGUGGUGGCAAUUUCACACUGAGGAAAUGUUCACCAACUGGUGGCACAACUUCAACUCCCCCCCCCCCCAAAUUUGGAACCAGCAGCUGCCAUUCAUGCUUUCCAUGACCUUGAGGCUGUGACUGCUGAGACACGCUCUGUACAUUGCUAUCCUUAAUGGCUGUUUGGAGACAGCAGCCAGUGCAGAAUGUGUCCACCUGUCUCCUUAUGGGACUGGAUUGCUAGGAGUGCAUUAUACCAAUGCUGGCUGCCAAUAGCUUUCCAGUUGUAACUGCUAAUGCUAUGGCUCUUCAUACCUGAAAGACAGCUCAGCUCCCUUGAGUCCAAUUCAGAUAUUUUAAGAUCGACUAGAAUCACCCUCUUGACAAUACUAUCUGUGCUUCAUACUCAGAGGUGAAGAAGGGAGAUGUUCUACCGUGGUGUUUCUCUUGAAGGUUUACUAAAUCCCGAGUAGCUUUUAUAAGCGCCAGAAGAUUUUAUCUUACUUGUUUAUAUUGGGGUGGGCAUUUGAUGACCAGGGAUGUUCAGGUAUUGGAUCCUUUAUCUUAAUUAUAUUUUAGAAUUGUGAAUCUGCUUUCAAGCUGUGAAAUGCAAUAAAUAUUUGGAACCAUUUUCAUUAUGCAUGAAAGUUGGGGGGGGGGGAGCCCAAAUUGCACCAAAUUAUGCAAGUUAAAGAAAUUAUUUAGGUCACUGACUGCAGAAAUUGUCAUGGAAAGCAGAACAACUUAUUGCAAGGACUGGAAUUUCAAGCCUUGUACACGGAGGGACUUGUGAGGCUACAGUUAGGAGCUGCCAGAAUCUAUAUGUAGCUUCUGUAUGGUAACGCAUUACACUGCACCCUGCACCAACUGGUCCUGGGCCUGAAUACAAUAAAAAAAUAAAAAUAUACAUAAACAUAUAUCACACACUCUAUAAAGCAUCCUUAAGAUACGCAAGUUCAGCAGACGGCAAACAACUUCAAACUGAGUGACUCAUUAUAGUGACUCUUCCUAGCCCCCUCCAAAGUCUUGGGCAAAAAGGUACAUCUUCACCUACCAAUUUUCCAUUCUGUGCACAUGACUAAACCAGUAUAAACAUCGUUGAGACAGAAGUGUGAACAUGCUGGGAAUGUGGUCUUGGAAGGGCACAUGUUUGUUUGAGACUUUGUCCUGCCAUGUGAUGCCCAAAAUCUUCCUGAUAUGCUAUUAUUUCCAUUUUUGCAGACUCCUGUUGGGCUGAAGGUGAGAGUGAGUUUAGGGUUGAUGUGAGAGUUCAACCUCAUGUUCAAACUUCAUACCUCAGUAAGCUGUUUGGUGGGGAGAAUAAGAAUGGACAGAAAUCUCAUUCUCAACAGCUGGUUAGGGGAUAGUUAAAAUAAUGGACUGGCAGUUUAAAUUUAUUCAUAGUCAGAAGCUGCUAAUGUGCUGUGUGUGUCUUUAAAUGAGCAAAACCUUUUUUAAAAUAUAAAAAUCUCAAGUGUAUUUGCCUUCUGAUGUAAUCAAACUUUUUUAAAAAUCUCCUUUGUAUCUACAAGAGAGGGAGAGGCUGCCAGGUUUUCUUCCAGCCAAAUCACAGCAGAUUUAAUGUGUGUUUCUUUUGCAUAUUUGUCACUUUACCAUCUUGGAGAGGGGUUAUGUGGAGUAUAUUUUUACUGCCUAGGCAAACAUUCAUGCUGUUCAAAUGAAUGUGUUUUCCUUCAAAUUCCGUAUCUCCAAACUGGUGCACAAAUACUACCUACACUGCUUUUCUUUGCAAAUGGCAAGGUUGCUGGUUAUUGUUGAUGCUGGUUAUUCACGAUGAGCAGGAAAAGUAGAAUCUGAGCUCCUAUUAAUUUAUCAGCACAAGUGGUGUUGAUGGGGAUAUCCAUUCCCCUAAAGCUUCCAAAUGUGAAUAUGAAGCUGUUUCCCUACUUCUUGUCUCACCCCACUACUUGUGCACAAUGCAGCUAUUAAAAACAUAAGAGGACCCUGCUGGAUUAGCCAGUGGCUCAUCUAGUCCAGGAUCCUGUUCUUACUGUGGCCACUCAGGUGUCUUUUGGAAACCCUCAAGCUCAAGAACACUCUCCCCACCUGAGGUUUCCAGCAACUGAUAUUCAGAAGUGUUACUGCCUCGGCUCAUGGAGGCAGAGCAUAACCGUUGUGGCUAGUAGCCACUCAUAGCCUUAUCAUCCCUGAAUUUGCCCAGUCCUUUCUUAAAGCCAUCUGAGUUGGUGGCCAUCACUGCUUCCUGUGGGAAGGAGUUUCAUAUCUUAAGUAUGUGCUGCAUGACAAUUACUUUCUUUUAUAGGGACGCGGGUGGCGCUGUGGGUUAAACCACAGAGCCUAGGGCUUGCUGAUCAGAAGGUCGGCGGUUCGAAUCCCCGCGACAGGGUGAGCUCCCGUUGCUCAGCCUCUGCUCCUGCCAACCUAGCAGUUCGAAAGCAUGCCCAAAAGUGAAAGUAGAUAAAUAGGUCCCGCUCCGGCGGGAAGGUAAACGGCGUUUCCAUGCGCUGCUCUGGUUCGCCAGAAGCGGCUUAGUCAUGCUGGCCACAUGACCCGGAAGCUGUACGCCGGCUCCCUCGGCCAGUAAAGCGAGAUGAGCGCCACAACCCCAGAGUCGGUCACGACUAGACCUGACUGUCAGGGGUCCCUUUACCUUUAUUGUCCAACAUUCAGCUUCAUUGGAUGUGCACAAGUUUUAGUGUUACAAGAGAUAGAUACUUUCUCUAUCCACUUUCUUCAUGCCAUGCAUAUUUUUAUAAACUUUUAUCAUGUCACUUCUUUACUUGCCUUUUCUCUAAACUAGAAAGUCCCAAGUGCUGCAAUUUUCCCAACAGGGGAAUCUCUCCAUCCCCUUGAUCAUUUUGGUUGUCCUUUUCUGAGCCAGAGGCUAAUGGCUGAGUGGGCUCUGGGCUGAAGACUGUGGGGCUUCAAUUGAAUUGUAUUUUCCUUCUUAGAAAUAUAAGGAAUGUAAGGAAAUGUAAGGAAAAACUAAAGUGAUUGGAGAUUUUAUUUAAAGCUUCUAUUUUAACUAAAUAUUCUUAAUUGCUUCUAUGGCCUUUUAUCAAAAGGACCAGUCAGGCCCAAAUCCACAUAGAUCAAAGUUUGUACAUCAGAUACUCCCAAACUAUUCACUGUGUGUGAAGCUUUUAAUUGCCAGGGAAGGAUGUUUUCUAGUAGUAAAUUCCUGUGUGUGCCUAUUGAAUUCAGUGUGUCUUACUCCCAGGUAAGUGGGGUUAUGAUCUCAGCCUUAGUGUGUACAAAGACAAUUGGUAUGUGCCAAAGAAUGGCAGUCUGCAAAUAUAUUUAUUGUAUUCUACAUUGGUUUGCUGCUCCGUAGCAUAAAGCUUUUACAAUAAAUAAAUAAAAAUUAAACCCAAAAUAUUGUCUAAUCUCUUAUAUGCCCAACUGAUCACUGCACUCUGCAGGAGAGGCCAACUCGCAGAUACCAUAUCAUUAGGAGGUCUGUUCCAUCUGAUCAAGCCUAUAGUGUGACAGCACCUGCCCCUUGGAACUCCCUUCCAUUUCAUAUCAGGCAGGCACCAUCUGUAUCGUCUUUUAGUGCCUGUUGAAAACUUUCUUCUUUCAACAAGCCUUCUAAGUGGAGUGUUUUUAUUCCCGUUGGCUUUGUAUAUUUUUAUAUAUUUAAUUUCAGAAAUUAUCCUUACAUGUGCAUUUGGUUUAGAAAUGCUUUACUGUGUUGUUAAAUCUAUUAAAAAUGCUUCCUAGGAAGCAAUCCAUAAAUAAAUAAAAUAAACCACAAAAUACAUGGAUGCAAUGGACACAAAAUCAUAAAUCACUGCACCCCUGAAAUUAAAACACAGACUUAUAAGAUAGGAGGCCCAGACUUUGUAAAUUAUAUAAAAGGCCUGGGCAAACAGAAAGAUUUGAUCCUGGUGCCAAAAUGACCAACAAGGUGCUGCUGGGAAGGCUGUGCAAUUAUUGGGGUGACGCUACCAAAAUACACCCUCCCUAAUGGCUAGAGCAGCAUAAGGCCAUUUGUGAGAAGGAAGUCCUCUGGGUAACCUGGUCCCAAGCCAGUUAGGGCUUUAAAUAUUAACCCAGAAAUUAAAUAUUAAAUAUUAAGCCAGAAAACAGACUGGGAGUGAAUGUAGCUGACAAAGCAUAGGCAUAAUAUAGUCCCAGUCCCAGUUGAUAAUCUUGCAGAAAUAUUCUGGACCAGAUGCAGCUUCUGGAUUGUUUUUAGAGGUAGACCUAUGGCCAAUGUUAGCAGACCAUCAGUAAUUGCAGCUAAAGUAUCUCCAUCCAAGUAAGGUUGCAGCUGGCAUAUUGGAUGAAGAGUUUAUACACUUGUCCUUUUGCUUCCCCAGCUCAUCCCCAAGGAAAACUUCUCUUUAGCGCUCAAUCAGCACAAAUGGCAAUUCAGGUUUUCCACAGGUUGCCAUUUCUUCCUAUCUGUUGCCAGUGCUAUGAAGUUGCUACAGUAAGUGCCACACUUUAAACCAGUGCUUUUCUUUUAGAUAAAAAGCUGUACCCUUGA